GUUGCAACUAAUAACAGCUGUGAGCAUCAAAGACACAGUUUGUCCCAAUCUAGCUUCAUAUUGCAAUAAAAGCCAUGUCUCGUUCUAUUAAGCGUGCCUUUAUGUCUCUAAUUGGAAUUCAUGACGAGCUAUAUGGAUUAGACCAUGCUAUUCUUAACGUGACCGUUCCCCCAGACAAACUGUGGAUGAACAUGGGAUAUUGGAAGGAUACGACUUCAUUUCCCCAUGCUUGUCAAGCACUCCUCGAUCAGGUUCUCCUCUUCGCCGGACUUCUCAGUCAGCAGAAUAUACCGGCCAUAACCCCAAGUUUCCCUUCGCAUUCAAGGGAAAGGGAAACAACAGUGAAAAGAUCACAAUAUGAACAACACGCUAAGAUAAGACUGAUCGAUGUUGGAUUUGGCUGUGGGGACCAGUCACUGUAUCUCACAAGAAAGCUUGAUCGAAUAAUCGAACCAUCUGAGACCCCCCUUCCGGAGUCAGCUGUGGAUGCUGGCAAUAAUGGUGACGGUACCACGGCAUCAAAUCAAGAUUUUCGCCCUCUUUUUGAUUCAUACAUAGGCAUAAACAUAACGCCGUCUCAGGUAGACAUUGCUAAAAAGCGUCUUCUAAAAGCUUCUAGUGAAGAUCACACAUCCUCUUUGCACUCGACACCGAAGGUAGAACUUUUCGUGGCCGAUGCUGGCAAUCCUGCAUCGUGGGAUCUCAGACUCAAGGAAGCUGUCUACAGUAGGGUUGCCCACAAUACAGAGCAGGAUGCAAAGCCGGCAGCAAAGGUGCAAACAUGGCUACUAGCCUUAGAUACGUUGUAUCAUUUCAAGCCGUCUCGUACGCCACUGUUUGAAUGUGCGCAUAGAGAUAUGCAGGCUUCAAUCAUGGCAUUUGACUUGCUCUUGUCUGAGUCCGCUUCCUUGUGGGACAGAUUCCGCCUGAGGUUGAUGUGCCUCGUCGCCGGCAUUCCUUAUUCCAACUUUAUGACUGAGAAGGAAUAUAGAGCUAUGUUAGGCCUCGCUGGGUACGAGCAAGAUAUGAUUGAUAUGCAGAAUAUCUCGAAGGAUGUAUUUGCGGGGAUUGCGGAUUAUAUACGCAGAAGGGAGCUUGAGUUGGAAACGUAUGGAAUGACCGUGGGUAAAUUCAAAGCUCCGGCGAAGGUAUUUGACUGGUGGGCUAGAAGUGGUGUAGUUCAAGGAUUUGUGGUGAUAGCUCAUAGAACAUAAAAAACAAUGACU